AUGGGUCAUCGUCUCUGUCGGCGGACAUUGACACCGACUGCGGCAAAACCUUCAAUUGUGAAAGAAUACAGAGUGCUGGAAAUCAAUCAGGGAACACGUACUUUGAAAGCUGUUAGAUCAGAUAACUGGGGCGUUGUUUGUCAUAGAGAGCUCUAUAACGCCACCUUGGGUAACCCCUCUUUUGAAUACAGUCCAGAUACUCAACCACUGACGCUGUUCUAUGUUUGUGGUUCCAAUCUUUGGCCCAAUAUUUCAAACCGUUUCAAUUGCAGCGUGUCCGGAUCAAAUACCAUCAAUUUCUACUCAGUAGCAGACAUGAGCUCUGAGGGCAACUUCCCACCAAGUAUCAGCAACCCCGCACUCCAAGAAGCACUUGCAACGUGCAGGGGAAUUGUGGUACUCAAUAUUUCCCAAACAGAAGCUGCCACUUUGGAAUCCAAUACGGUUGCGUCAAAUGAUAUUCUGACAAACGCAGUGGAUACUGGGUUUGGUUUGAUAUGGAAAGCCAACGAUGCUUUAUGCCUUUAUUGCCAAAGAAAUGGUAGCCACUGUGGCCACGACCUGAGUUCUGAUGAAUUGGUCUGCUAUGCAAACACAGUUUUACCUUUUCUUGCAGUAGCAGAAUCUUUGUCAAAGCGGAAUUUGGUCAUAGGCAUUUCAGCAGCUGCGGUUGGACUUUUGAUACUUUUUGCAAUAAUUCUAUGUAUCUAUAAGAGAGAAGCGAUGAUUUUUUGGAAGAAAGAAAAUACAGAGGAUUUUGAUGUGGAGGCAUUUAUGAGGAAUUAUACUUCGUUUGCACCAAAGCAAUAUUGUUCUUCACAGCUCAAGAAAAUGACAAACUCAUUUGCAGAAGUUAUAGGGAAAGGAGGAUAUGGUUGUGUAUACAAAGGAACACUAUCUGAUGGUCGUCUUGUUGCAGUGAAACUCCUAAAAGAUUCCAAAAGCAAUGGAGAAGAUUUUAUAAAUGAAGUUGUUAGUAUGGGUAGAACUUCUCAUGUCAACAUAGUCACUCUUCUUGGAUUUUGUUGCGAGAGGAACAAGAAAGCCUUGAUUUAUGAUUUCAUGCACAAUGGUUCACUUGGUAAAUUCAUAUUUAAUAAAGAAUAUGAGAAUGCAUCCCGUUGCCUUGAAUGGAAAACCUUAUAUGAUAUUGCUAUUGGCAUUGCUAGAGGACUAGAAUACUUGCACCGUGGUUGUAGCACAAGGAUUUUGCAUUUUGACAAAAAGCCUCAAAACAUUCUUUUGGAUAAAGAUUUUUGUCCAACAAUCUUUGAUUUUGGCUUAGCCAAACUAUGGUUAAACAAGGAGAGUAUUGUGUCCAUGAUGGGUGCCAGAGGAACUGCAGGGUAUAUAGCACAAGAAGUAUUCAGUAGGAAUUUUGGUGGGGUGUCUCAUAAGUCUGAUGUUUAUAGUUAUGGAAUGUUGGUUCUUGAAAUGGUUGGAGGAAGAAGGAAUAUUGAUCCUAGAGUUUCUCAUACUAGUGAAAUUUACUUUCUUUAUUUGAUUUAUGAAGAUGUGGAAUUGGGUAAUGAUUUAAGACUCUUGGGAGUCACAACAGAGGAAGAAAAAGAAAUAGCAAUGAAGAUGGUAGUCGUGGGCUUUUGGUGCAUUCAGACAAAUCCAUCAGAUCAGACACAAAUGAGUAAAGUAGUAGAUAUGCUAGAAGGAGACCUUCAAUCAAUCCAGAUUCCACCAAAGCCAUUCUUGUUUUCUCCUGCAAGGUCUCCUCGACAAUCUACAAAAUCAUCAUAA